UUUCAAGAACUUUGGUUAAAGACAUUUCCGUGGCUGGAAUAUGACAAGGAAAAUGAUCAAAUGUUUUGUAAAAUUUGCAGAAAUUCAAAUCAUUCUGAUAAAGAAUCUGCAUUUUACACAGGAACUUCAAAUUUUAAGAUAGACUCUGUGAAAGCCCAUGCAUCCAGUAGUCAACAUGAUAAAAUUUCAAAUAUGCUAAGAUCUAAAGAAGCACCUGGUACGUCACCAGCUAGUAGAGCCUUACAGUCUCUUCAAAAAUGUCAGAAAGAAAGACUUGAUAAUCUUUUUCGUACUGCUCAUGCUCUGGCUAAGCAUUCCAGACCGUUUACAGAUUUUGUAUGGCAGUGUAAACUGGAUAUUAUGAAAAAUAUCGACAUUGGAGAAAGUUAUCAAAAUGAUAAAGCAUGUAGGGAAUUCAUAAAAUAUAUAUCAAAAGCAUCUUAUGAGCAACUUCGCUGUGAUAUGAAGGAAGUUAAAUGUUUCUCCUUACUAUGUGAUGAAUCAACAGACAGUGCAGUGUUAGAACAGUUGUUGGUCUACAUAGUAUUUUGCAAGAAGGGAGAAAUUUGCACUAAAUUUUUAAAUAUAGUUUCGCUUCAAAAAGCAGAUGCUGAAUCUAUAUUUUUAGCUCUAAAGAAUGUAUGCUCUGAGACCUUUCAGGUUUCAGAAAAGCCCUUUGAAAAGCUUUUGUGCUUUGUAGCAGAUGGUGCUGCAACC